AUGAGAGUGUCGGCUUUGGUUCUUACAAUGGUGGCUGCAUCAGUACUUGGUGUCGCAAAACAGAAAGAGGUUGUGUCUAUUAAGCUUAUUCCAACUUUGCCUCCUCUUGAUGUCUCUACAAUAGCCAAAUCUUCUUACUUAUCUGCCUUUGUGUAA